CCGCUUAGCGCGCAAGCGGCCAAUUUAAACGUCAGUCAAAUAAAAACUGAAAGAAUUUUAGCUAAUGUAUGUUAUAUGAAGUUACCAAAGCCUUUAAGAAAAGUUAUUAAUUUAAAAGACAAUUACAGAGUUGAAAAAUCUCCUUCGAAUCUUGGGCAAAACUGCGUAAACAUGGCCGAGGCAAAUGAAACUUUGAGCAUCCUCAAUGCCGAGGCGCGCAGGCAAAUGGAAAUCAAACGAGACAAAGAAUUGUAUAUCAUCAGGAAACUUCUCUUCGUAUUGGAUUAUCUGCAGAAAAUAAAAGUAAACAAGUUGGAUUUACCGGAUAAUGGUGAACAAGUAAUGCACGCUCUCAAGGUGCUUGACGUGAACAAUUUUUUACAAUUAAUUAUUAGCGGAGGAGAUGAAUACCUUCUAGGCUUGAAAGAAAUACGAGAUUCUGUUAACUUAAGCUAUACCGAACGAAAGGCUAUACGUGAAGAACUAAUAGCUCUCCUUCGUUUAAAGUUGCAACCAAUUAUUGAUUUUGGUAAAAAGUUAAAAGCGGAGAUCCCUGAUGUUUUUGCCGACCCCAGUGCUAUGUCACCAACCACUACAACUUCAUCUAGUGCUAGCCAGAUCAUUGCAUUGGAAUCUCAACGUCGAUCUAAUUUGCACAAACUUUUAGAAGCACGCAACCGCAAGUGUGCAUACCUCAAGGCUGCUGGAGAGCUAAAAAUGGGGCCAUAUCUUGCUCAUGAACUAGAGCUCUUAUAUGCCCAAGGCAAGCUUACGCAAGAGAAAGCCAAUAUUCUGAGAGAUUAUUUCAUUAAUGAGUUUCUAACUCGAACUGAGCAUAGCUCGAAGGCGCUUAAAGAAAUUGAAAACUGUGUAGAUAAGAAGUUGGAAAUGAUGGCUGAAGUAGAACAAAGUUGAAUUGUGCCUUAUUAUGUUAAAAACCUUGGAGUAUAGUGACAUGGUUACAUUUUUAUUCCGUGUUAAAUGAAUUAUAUAAUGCCAAGUAUUUAGUAAAAUGAAUAUUUAUCUCAAACUUGAAAUGGUUAAAUAAAGAAAGUUUUUAAUGUCGUCGAUGGCAACACUUUGACAGCACAAAACCCA